AUGUCCCUCACUUUUGACCUGAACGAUACACUGGGUGCAGCGUUCAUUGGCUACAGUAUAUCAUGCGUCAUAUUCGGGAUUUUUACAACUCAAGCCAUCAGUUUUUAUCAUCGAUAUAGGACGGACCCUUUGAACUUGAAAAUCCUGGUGGGAGUGGUCUGGUGUACAGAAUUGCUUCAUCAAACACUAGUUGCACAUGCCUUAUAUCACUACACUGUCUCGCUUUUUGGCUCACCCAUAGCUGUAUUCACAGAACCCGUGGAAUGGUCUCUCGUGACUCAGGUCUUGGUUGGAGCCAUUUCAGGGAGCAUCGUAAAGGCUUCGCGUCUGGAGAUCAAUCGCAACAAAAUCGUUACGACUGCACUUGCGGUAGUCAUCCUCGUGCAAAUAGGGUGUAUACUGGGUAGUCUCAUGUAUUUAUCCCGUCAGCAUGUCACUAACGACGUUUACAUUACAGCCUAUGAGGUCGGAGCCUUCCAUCUUCAAAAUAUUCUGGACAUUGCGAAAAUCAAGGUCGUAGCCUCGCUAGCAUUAGCUACAGGAGCAUUAGCGGACUUUCUGAUCGCAGUAGCACUAUGCUACUAUCUUCGGAAAUUACGCACAGGAUAUCGAGAACCUGAUUCACUGCUCAACAGCCUGGUACAGUAUGCUCUGAAUACCGGUGCUUUAACGAGUACGAUGAGCAUUUUGACCCUAGUUUUGUAUGAUGCACGUACAUCUACAUUCCAAUAUAUGGGAGUGUAUUUCGUACUUUCUAAAAUGUUCGCUGUAUCGUUUAUGUGUGCGCUCAGCACCCGAAAACAGGUAACAGGGAAAAUAGGAGAUGAAUAUGCAUAUACGAACGGUGGCUUUGGUGGUUUCACUGCAGAAUCAUCUUUACGGACUGUAAAUCAUAUCGACCCUUAUCCUCUAAAACCACAAGCUACAGUUCAAGAUUCGAGCGUGAGCAUGGAGUUGGGAUCGUGGAAUGCUGAAAAUCAAUUAUACGGAGUCCAGAAUGAAUAUUCGAAACCACAGAUAUCUCCCUUGAGGAGAAAAGUUGAAGAAGUAUGA